AUGUUGAGCUCGUGGGAUCUCGUAGGACCGCGCUUCUGGUACCCCAUGUCAUCGCUGGAGCAGUCCGUGAUGGAGCUCGAGCACAUGAGCGACAGCAUCAUGCGUUCUCGAUCCUUUUUUGAUAUGCGCCGAGACAUAUUUGCGGUACCAAAGUAUGUUGAAGACAAGGAUAAACCGGAUGAAAAGGUCCUCACGAAUGAGAAUUCUUCGGAUAAUGUCAGCUCGGACAUUGACACAAGCACCGACAUGGAGGUCGAUGAUAAAGGCAAUGAACAGAUAGACCAGGCAGAAGGCUCAGCAUCCGAGCCAGUGAAGACAUUGGAGAAGGUCGAAGGCAAUUACAAGACCAAAGAGACACAUUGCAAUAAGAACAAACAGAUCUAUCAUGAGUCUUGCAAGGUCAACUCCAUUGCAGAGCACAAAGUUGCUCCCAAGAGCGAUGCUGAGUACCGCAACUUCUCAUCUUGUUUGAUAAUUUCACAUUAUGGGAAGAACAUCAUAACUAAAGAGACACGUCAUGCAAACUAA